AUGGCACUAACGAAUUUCACCGAAGAUGAAAAAUAUCAGAAAACAUUUGUUAAACUCUUGUGCUCGCCUGAAUUAAUCAGAGGUGUAGAUGGCGACCUUAUCUUCCUUUCAGCUCUAAACAUUUUCCUGUCCAUUGCAGCGUUUCUGGGGAACACUCUGAUCCUAGUUGCUCUGCACAAGGAAACUUCACUUCAUCCGCCGUCCAAACUCCUGUAUCGUAACCUAGCGAGAACUGAUCUCUGUGUGUAUAAUUACACAGCCUUUGGUUAUAGCUUGCUUGACCUCUGUUGUGAACCGAAGAUGGGAUAUUUGCUGUUACACGGUUCUGGCAUUAUUUUUCUCAGGUUAUACUUUGUGUGAUGUGUCCUUAUUGACACUGGCUGCAAUAAGCGUGGACAGACUUCUCGCCUUGUUGCUGGGGCUCAGAUACAGACAAGUUGUUACUUUGAAAAGGACACGUGUAACUGUCAUUGGUUUUUGGAUUUUGUCUAUUGUUGGUGCGUCUAGUUUCUUUUGGAAUCCUAUUAUAACUUCAUCU